GUCAAGUGUCAACGCGGCAUCAUUGGGUGACAGCAGCGAUACGCAGACCUCAAAAAGCACACGACGCAACCGAGUACGCUGUCACCCGUUUUUCGAGGCUGCGUCUAUCCAAAAGUUUCAAACUCGGCAAUGGGGCGUUAACCCAAAGGAAUCGUGAUCAAUAUCGAUUCUACCUCUUCCAAGCGACGGAUCUAAGCAUCACUCUCGAGCGCUUUCGAAGCCCCUUUACUGCCCACCAGACAACGUAGGCACAAUGGCGACGCCAUAUACGACACCACCGCAGCGCGAUUCCUGGUUCGCUCCGCUGUCGAUUGACCUCAUCGUUAAGGUGUUCAAGACUACCUUCUUCCACCCCUUCGUAUCAUGGAUUAUCCCACUAUGCUUCCGCGCCCAGAACAUGCACUGGGAUGCGCCGCCCAUGCUGGUGUCGAUCGCGUGGGCCUCCUUUAUCACGUUGUGUUGGGCCGUGGGGAUAGUAAAUAACCGGCUAGCCUUUGGCCUGCCGCGUGAGGUAGAUCUGAGCGAGGAGGUCAUCGUGAUUACGGGCGGCGCCAGCGGGCUGGGCCUCCUGAUUGCCGAAGUGUACGGGAUGCGGGGCGCCACGGUUGCCGUGCUGGAUGUGGAGGAGAUGGAGAACGGCGAGGCCCGGGGCGUCACCUACUACAAGUGCGACGUUACGGACAAGGAGCAAGUAGCGCGGGUCGCGGCACGAAUCGAAAGAGAGCUCGGCACUCCCACAGUCCUAAUCAACAACGCCGCCAUCGUGCACGGCAAGCCCCUUCUCUCGCUCAGCUUCGACGAGAUCGAAAAGUCCAUCUCGACCAACCUCAUCAGCCACUUCUACACGCUCAAGACCUUCAUCCCCGCCAUGGCGCGGAGCGAGACGGGCGGCACCAUCGUCACCGUCUCGUCCGUGAUUGGCACCGUGGGCGCCGCCCAGCUGACCGACUACGCCGCGGCCAAGGCGGGCAUCUCGGCGCUGCACCGCUCGCUCGCCGCCGAGCUGCGCGAGUCGCACCCAAACAUCCGCACCGUGCUGGUCACCCCCGGCCAGCUGAGCACGCCGCUCUUUUACGGCGUCCAGACGCCCAGCCCCUUUCUUGCGCCCGUGGUGGAGCCCGUCGACGUGGCCAAGGAGGUCAUCGCUGCCAUUGACAACGGGCAUAACGCCGCCAUCGGCAUGCCGCUCUACGCGAGGUGGAUCGAUUGGUAUAACGUGCUUCCGCUGGGCGUCCAGGCCGUGGUGAGGAGGCUGGCGGGUGUUGACACGGCCAUGAAGACGUUUGUGGGGAGGAAAGGGGCGAGGAAUAGCCGGAAGAACGGCGUGUUGAUACAGGGGUUCUAGAGCUGGGGCAAACCACUUAGAGUCGAGGGCGCCGGCGCUGGUAGUUGAGACAUGUCAAAACUUGCAUUCCACAACGUUCUGAAUGCACUUGUAUCAUAUUCAAGCGCCGAGUCUCUCAUACGCCUGGAUUACUGUGGAAAUGUCGACAUGAAGUUGCUGUUAACCGGCACAGAUCCUGCCAGGUGUCAAUCCGCUACACUAUCACGCAUCAAAGCUGUGUACCGGAGGCUCAAUUCUCAUAUCAUUGCUUCCUCUCGACCAUAUGUACAUUGACCAAGGCGAGCCGUUUUAGGGCGAAUUACCAUAGGAGGCAUCUUGUAAUCUCAAGGGACGUGACCGCAAGGAGCAGGCACCCGGAAGCGGGCAACGGAA